AUGCCAGGUUUUAUGAUUAAAACAGGUGCUCGCACCAACGCCACCGUGCCACCCGAGCCGGUGGAGAUAAUCCGGAGCAAGGCGGGCUCACGCCGCGUACGCCUAAACGUGGGUGGCCUCCUUCACGAGGUGCUAUGGAGGACGCUGGAUCGGCUGCCCCGCACACGUCUAGGCAAGCUACGUGACUGCAACACGCACGAAUCCAUCAUGGAGGUGUGUGAUGAUUACAACCUAGAGGACAACGAGUUCUUUUUUGACAGGCACCCUGGUGCAUUUACGUCUAUCCUGAAUUUUUACCGUACGGGUAAGCUGCACAUGAUGGAGGAGAUGUGCGCUCUCUCAUUCAGCCAGGAACUUGACUUCUGGGGCAUCGACGAGAUCUACCUGGAGUCGUGCUGCCAGGCACGUUAUCAUCAGAAGAAGGAGCAGAUGAACGAGGAACUGAAGCGGGAGGCAGAGACAAUGCGUGAACGAGAGGGCGAGGAAUUCGACAACACAUGCUGCACAGAGAAGCGCAUGAAACUUUGGGAUCUGUUGGAGAAGCCAAGCUCAUCUAUGGCAGCAAAGGUUUUGGCCAUCAUCUCAAUCCUGUUCAUUGUGCUGUCCACCAUUGCCCUGUCUCUCAACACCCUCCCGGAGCUACAGGACAUAGACGAGUUUGGGCAAUCAACAGACAACCCUCAGCUGGCUCAUGUAGAAGCAGUCUGCAUUGCUUGGUUUACCAUGGAAUACCUUCUUCGCUUCCUGUCCUCACCCAAUAAAUGGAAGUUUUUUAAAGGCCCCCUCAAUGUCAUCGACCUGCUAGCCAUUCUUCCAUACUAUGUCACCAUAUUUCUGACUGAGUCUAACAAGAGUGUGCUGCAGUUUCAGAAUGUACGUCGAGUGGUACAGAUCUUUCGGAUUAUGCGAAUUUUAAGAAUUCUCAAACUGGCUCGCCACUCAACCGGGCUGCAGUCACUGGGAUUCACAUUACGGCGCAGUUACAAUGAGCUCGGAUUGCUAAUCCUCUUCUUAGCCAUGGGCAUCAUGAUCUUUUCUAGUUUGGUCUUCUUUGCAGAAAAAGAUGAAGAAGAUACAAAAUUCAAGAGCAUCCCAGCUUCUUUCUGGUGGGCUACUAUUACCAUGACAACUGUGGGUUAUGGAGACAUUUACCCCAAAACUUUAUUAGGCAAGAUUGUCGGUGGUCUCUGUUGCAUUGCAGGAGUGCUUGUCAUUGCCCUGCCUAUACCUAUAAUAGUGAACAACUUCUCUGAGUUCUAUAAGGAGCAAAAGAGGCAAGAGAAAGCCGUCAAAAGACGUGAGGCUCUGGAGCGAGCUAAAAGAAAUGGCAGCAUAGUGUCUAUGAACAUAAAGGAUGCUUUUGUUCGAAAUGCAGAGCUUAUGGAUGUAGUAGUGAUGGAGAAAACAGAGGAAAACACGUCGAAAAAAGAUAAAGUUCAAGACAACUGUAACGUAUCACCCUCACGCUGGAAAUGGACACCCAAGCGGAUCAUCUCAGAAACCGGUUCCAACAAAUCGCUCACAGAACAGGUACAAGAAUCUCCAGUUAGAGCCAUCAGCCCGAGCAGUCCACAACACCUUAAUGUUCAGAAGCUAGAGGAGAUGUACUGCAAGAUGGCCAAGACUCAGUCCCAGCCCAACCUGAACAGUAAAGAAGGUCAGUCCAAAUUAGUGAAGAGAAGGGAUGAAAUGGAAAUGAGGAGCAUCCCGGUUCACCAAGCUCGCACAACAACAGAAGGCAUAAUGGAUAUAAGAAGCAUGUCCAGCAUAGACAGCUUUAUGAGCUGUGCUACAGACUUUUUGGAGGGGUCAAGAUUCUCACAAAUCUCAAACCAACCAAGCAGAGUCAGUGUCAAUCCAGGACUUGAGACAACCCUUGAGCAUGAGUCCAUGAAAAACCCUGUUGGUCCACCCAAACCUGGACGAACAUUAUUCUCUGAUAGUCCCCAUGGUCUUCGCAUCAACAACCCUCUUAAGACAAGAUCUCUCAAGGUCAACUUCUUAAAAGGAGAAAACACAGGCUGUAGCGCAAUUUCAGCUCAAGGAGAAGACAUCUCUGCCCUCUCAGAAAGCUCUAUCGUAUCUGAUCGCUCAAUUCUGAGCCCGGAAGUGUCUGUCUAUACUACUGCCAGCAGCCAUUCUCCACCCAAAUCUCCUGAGAAACUUGUACCGACUGUUUUUACAUUUCACGAUGCAUCAGUCAGCAAGUUCAUUGAUGCAGAUACGGAUGAUGAUGACCACCUUCACGAUGGCCCAGGUUUAAGUCCUUCAGCACGUCUGUUAGGUAACGCAAGCCCCAAGCUCUGCAACAGCUCUUACCAAAGAGGAGCGAACCACCUUGAUUUGUCACAGAGGGUCUUGGGCCAAAACAGUCUGUUCUCUUUGGAGGGACGAUCAAGGGGUGGACUUGAGAACCACAUGAUUUCAGGAGACAGAGAGAGUUCUAAAGCAAAUAAAAAUAAUUAAGCAUGGAAUGUAGCCUGUAGCAACUGGAAUUAUGAAUGGUGGCUAGAACUCUAAUGGUGGUAACACAGCUAACUCUAAAUCUGAGCAAAACCACUAGAGCUGCCAUGAUUUACAUGGAUUUUGAAAACUCA